AUGUUCCCCUUUUACCAGAGCAGUCGUGAACUCGAUGAAGAAGCUAUUGACUUAUUGAUAGUGCUCCUCGAGGCCCCAUUCAGCUUCACAAGGCAAAAGAAGAAUUCAGUUCUAUUGACUGUUGACCUGACGAGGGCUGUGGCUGAUGAAGCAAUUGAGCGUGGGGAUUCGGUUAUCAUUGCAUACCACCCAAUAAUUUUCCGCGGCCUCAAGUCCCUCACUCUAAGUGAUCCACAACAAGCCUCGCUCCUCCGUCUUGCCCAUCACGGCAUCAGCGUCUACUCUCCGCACACAGCAGUCGACGCGGUCCCUGGCGGAAUGGCAGACUGGCUGUUAGACGUUGUCAUGGAAACAAAGACUCCUCCACGAGGCCCAAUUUUCUCUCAGGCCCGCAGCGCCAUCUACCCAGAACAAACCCCACCACCUGGAUUCGAAAAAGCCGGUAAGGGCCGGAUAGCCAGUACGGACCGGCCCGUAUGCCUGUCAUCACUUGUAGACAAUCUCAUGCUCAACCUAAAUAGGCCCUACGGCAUUCCCAUUGCGCUGCCACAGGGUAAAAAAGUACCUGACAUGUCCAACAUCCGCACCAUUGCCACAUGUCCCGGCUCGGGCUCGUCGAUCCUUAUAAAAAACGGGAAACCAGUUGCAGACGUUCUGGUUACGGGCGAGAUGAGCCAUCACGACGCGCUGGCUGCGAUCGAGCAUGGUGCUGCUGUAAUUUCUCUUUUCCAUUCAGAUUCUGAGCGCGGGUAUUUAAGGGAAGUCAUGCGGGGAUAUUUGGCUGAGGCGCUGAGGGAUGAAUGGGAUGCGUUACGAGCGCAGGAGGCGGCGACGUUGGAGGGGGGUGAUGGUGAUGGUGACAUGAAGGAUUGGCUGAGUGAUCCGAAUUUUACUGUCAGUGUUAGCGAAAGAGAUCGGGAUCCCUAUGAGGUGUGGCCUGCGGCACUGUAA